GGCAUUGUAGGAGGCAGAGCCUGUGUGCAGAGGAGGCACUGCUGAAGUCGUUGUAUAGUUGAGGAGAUCCUGUGCAGUUGCAGUAGGGGGGAUUCCUGGCUUGUGUCUAAAACAACCUGUGUAGUAAGAGAGUCACACACAGCCCUGAUGGAGAUAGGUGGCUGCUGAUGGAGAUAGAUAGGUGGCUGCUGAUGUAGCAGUCUGUGAAUCCCAGCUGUCUCAUCACAUGAAGGACCUCUCCUACUGACCUCACAGCACAACUCUCUCUGGAGUGAUCUCCCUGGAUAUCCCAGCUGUCUCUUCCUGCGCCCUGAUCAGCCCUGGAAGCAGCAGAAUAACAGCGCUGGUUUCUUCCUGGCAGCUCUGCAGUCACAUAUACCCAGGAUCGUUCACUUAAACUCUGCCAUUGUUGUGCAUAUCCCUGGGUGAGCUUUGUGCCUGAGCCCGGUGCAGGGUGCCAGUGCCUCUGAUGCCGGUGGAUGAUGAGGGCACUAUUAGAAGAGCUGGGGAUCCGGGCACUGCUGUUCGGGGUCUUUGUGUUCACAGAGUUUUUGGAUCCCUUCCAGCGUGUUAUCCAACCAGAAGAGAUCUGGCUGUAUAAAAAUCCCCUGGUACAAUCAGACAACAUACCUACACGACUGAUGUUUGCCAUUUCAUUUCUGACACCCCUGGCUGUGAUUUUUGUGGUGAAAAUCAUCCAGCGAACAGACAGAACAGAGAUCAAGGAAGCCUGUCUGGCGGUUUCCCUGGCUUUGGCACUGAAUGGUGUUUGCACUAAUACUAUCAAACUCAUAGUGGGAAGGCCUCGUCCUGAUUUCUUCUACCGGUGCUUUCCUGAUGGAAUAUCAAAUGAAGAGAUGCACUGCACCGGAGAUGCCAGUCUUGUGUCUGAGGGCAGAAAGAGCUUUCCCAGUAUCCACUCUUCCUUCGCAUUUUCUGGCCUUGGAUUUACCUCCUUCUACCUGGCAGGAAAAUUACACUGUUUUACAGAAUUGGGACAAGGGAAAAGCUGGCGUCUCUGCGCAGCAAUCCUGCCUCUGUAUUGUGCUAUGAUGAUUGCCCUUUCACGUAUGUGUGAUUAUAAACAUCACUGGCAAGAUGCCUUCGUAGGAGGUGUGAUUGGUCUGAUUUUAGCUUAUAUCUGCUACCGGCAACAUUAUCCAGCAUUGACACAUUCUUCCUGCCACCGUCCCUCUAUAUGUCUCCGUCAGGUCAGCACCCAAAAGAAAGAGGAACCAACGCCUGCUGAAAACAAUGAAAGCUUAAUGCAUGAAGGAAUGACAGAGGGCCCAGUAUGACCAGCAAGAGGUCCCAUUUGACUUGUAGCCACACAUAGCCUCAUUGAAGAGGUUUCCUGCACUGUGUGUAUAGUACCAGACAUUGUUUCUAUGUGACCAGCAGUACUACAAUGAAUGCAAUGAUAAUGUCUAGACAAUGUCCCCUCACUCAAGAGGUGUAACAUCAUCUACAGGCAUCAACAUCUCCAUACAGAAUCUAUACUACAGUUUUAUGAUGGUGCUGUGUGUCACUCUUCUAUGUCCACAUUCAUUCUUUACUCUAUUGGCAUUUUCUAAUGUCCACUUCUUGAUACCAAGUGUUUCACGUUUCUAGUCCUGAUAGAACAUCAUACCACCAGCUUGUGACUGAAGGUUCAUACUUUCUGUCUAAACACGGUGCGGGAAUCUUCACUCCAACCACAGAAGCACUUAAACAGACUCAAUAUACAUUCAUAAGAUGUCUUGUACCACACUCGACCUAGAAGGUCUGGCAUUCCUUUCUAAAUUUUAUCAUUUACAUUUUGAUGUAUUGCACUGAUGAAAAAGACAUGAUCGAUAUAUUUAAAUGUCUUUGCAUGUAGUUUACUAUGAUGUCCUGUGUAAUUCUGGGAUUAAGCAGAAGAAAUAUUUGAUGCAUGUGAAGCUUUCUGGUCAUCACUCCCAUCAUAUCCUGAUGUGCAAUGAUCACGUUUUGGUUGGUGAUGGUAAAUUAUAAAGAAUGGAAAGAGGUUUUACUGCCGCAUGAUCCCCAAAGCCACAUACUUUGGAUGUGUAAAUCACGUGUGUAGUCCAUACAGUUUAUAUAAUUCAAUGGACUGGUCUCUUAAUCCUUGUUGGGCUACUUCCUAUUACAAAAGGUUUCAUACCUAGGAGGUCCCGUUGUUGACAUUCCUUCUACUGACAUUCCUUGAGACAAUGCUUUGCCAAGUCAUGGGUAAUACGGGUUUCCUACUUACAGCCAAUAAAAUGUUUGUAGAACUUUUGUAGAAAA